UCAUGCGAAGAAGUGGAAGAAGAAGAAGAAGCAAAAAUGGCUCAGGGUACGCAGAAGUUUAAAGCUCAGCGUCCGGGAUCCUCCAAAAAACCCCAGCAGAACAAACAGAAAGGACCGAAGAAAGGCGGGAGGAUCAUCGCGCCAAAGAAGGCUCAAGUGGUUCAGCAGCAGAAGCUGAAGAAGGGUCUUGAGGUCGCCAUCAGGAACAAGAUUGAGCAGGAGGUGACCCAGAAGGCCAGCUCCUCCCUCCACAAGCCGCUGAGUGUGGUUAAAGGUCCUGAGAGUAAAGGAAACUCCGGAGCAGCCCGUCCUGGAACCAGCUCCAAAUAAGACCAGCUCCCUACACACCGAAGUCUUGUGGUUUUAUAUUACAAAUGGACUCAAAUCAAGUUUUAAUGAGUUACAGUUAAUAUAAAAUGUCAUUUUUGACUCCUAGUUGACUUCAGUAUUUUUUUUUAGAAGUUAAUCAAAAGCAUAUUUGGUGAUUAUGCUCACUGGACCAUGGAGGUUACAUCACAGGAUUAUAUCAUUUCCUACAAAGAUAGAAUCAGAAUAGACAAAGGAAACCACGUUUUGAUAUUGUUUCAGAUCAUUGUAUAGCUGUCACUGUACAGAAAAUAGAUGUAUAAAUGGGCUUGAUUUGUUUAAAGUUCUGUAAGUCUUUUGUCAGGUUGCUUCAUAAAACUAAAGAUGAUCAGUUCA